GGGAUUUUAGAGAAGGCGAUCCGCCCACGCGCUUCGCGAAGCGUGUAUCGAUUGGCUGGCGAUGCUGGCGCAGGUGCGCGCUUCCCAUUGGGUGGGGCGGAGCGCGAGCCGCUGGGGCUUCGGCGGAGGCUGCAGGUGAGCGCGCGCGCGCGCGCGCCGCGGCUCCCGCCCGGCUCGGGUGCGCGCGCGCGGGCUUGCGGGGGAGGCGGCCGAGAGAGAUUGCGGCGCCUGUCGCCUCUGCUCCGCCCCCUCCUCCUCCUCCGGCGUCGCGGCCGCCGCCGAGGCCCGGAGGGAGGGAGUCGCGUCCCCGCCCGCCGCGCAGCCAGUCCGACCCUCGGUCCCGCCGCGUGCGGAGCCAGCCGAGCGCAGCUCUGCGCGGAACCCCGAGCCCCGGCCGAGCCCCUCUGCAGGUGCCUGUGAGGAGGCGUCCGGGCCGCAGCCGCGUCCCCAACCCGCCGGCCGCGCACUCGCUCCCUGCGCUCCCGAGGGGCGGCCCGGCCGGAGGAGGCCGCUGCGGGGCCCGGCCUCAGCAUGAACCGCAGCCACCGGCACGGGGCGGGCAGCGGCUGCCUGGGCACCAUGGAGGUGAAGAGCAAGUUUGGAGCUGAAUUUCGUCGGUUUUCCCUGGAAAGAUCAAAACCUGGAAAAUUUGAGGAGUUUUAUGGAUUACUGCAGCAUGUUCAUAAGAUACCCAAUGUUGACGUUUUAGUAGGCUAUGCAGACAUCCAUGGAGACUUACUCCCUAUAAAUAAUGAUGAUAAUUAUCACAAAGCUGUUUCAACGGCCAAUCCACUGCUUAGGAUUUUUAUACAAAAAAAGGAAGAAGCAGACUACAGUGCCUUUGGUACAGACACACUAAUAAAGAAGAAGAAUGUUUUAACCAAUGUAUUGCGUCCUGACAACCAUAGAAAAAAGCCACAUAUAGUCAUUAGUAUGCCCCAAGACUUCAGACCUGUGUCUUCUAUUAUAGACGUGGAUAUUCUCCCAGAAACACAUCGUAGGGUUCGUCUUUACAAAUACGGCACUGAGAAGCCCUUAGGGUUCUACAUCCGGGAUGGCUCCAGCGUCCGGGUCACACCACAUGGCUUAGAGAAGGUCCCAGGGAUCUUUAUAUCCAGACUUGUCCCAGGAGGCCUGGCUCAAAGCACAGGACUAUUAGCUGUUAAUGAUGAAGUUUUAGAAGUUAACGGCAUAGAAGUUUCAGGGAAGAGUCUUGAUCAAGUAACAGACAUGAUGAUCGCCAACAGCCGCAACCUCAUUAUAACAGUGAGACCAGCAAACCAGAGGAAUAAUGUUGUUCGGAACAGUCGGACUUCCGGCAGCUCUGGCCAGUCCACAGAUAACAGCCUCCUGGGCUAUCCCCAGCAGGUAGAACCGAGCUUUGAGCCAGAGGACGAAGACAGUGAUGAAGAUGACAUUAUUAUUGAAGAUAACGGAGUGCCGCAGCAGAUUCCUAAAGCUGUUCCUAAUACCGAGAGCCUCGAAUCAUUAACGCAAAUAGAGCUCAGUUUUGAGUCUGGACAGAACGGUUUUAUUCCUUCGAAUGAAGUGAACUUAGCACCUGUAGCAAGUGGCACAAAUACAGAAACACAUGCUCCGGAUCAAAAACUCUUAGAAGAAGAUGGAACGAUCAUAACACUAUGAAACUUUGUCUGAAUGUCUUUGGAGUGAGGAUGCCAUUGGGACUUGUAAAUCUGGCUAGUUUAUUAAAGCAUACAUACCUCUGAACCAGUGACCUGGAGUAGGCAUGAGAAAAAUAAUACUGCAAGCUUAAAAUGUUAUUAAAAUAGUAGUUUGAUAAUUGUUAAUAUAAACUUCAGUUUGUCACAGGUGAGUUUAAGUCUAAAAGGGGCCUUUGCUAAUGAAAUUAUGGCUUUUGCUAUUUUGUCUCUAGAGAACUGGAUGUUAGAGCACAUUCUCAGAACUAUGAGAGGACCAGAUCAUUUCCGUUCGAAGUGGUUGCAUAUUUAACCUGCUGUGCAGAGCCCAGUUAGCUUUUCCUUUAACUAUAUUUUUUUAAAUUCUAAUGUGAAGAAGUCUGAUCUGUCCUUUGGUACCUUGGGGACCUCAGCUCCUAUGUUCCCUAUAUUUUGAUUUUUUAAUGUUGUUCCUCUGUUGCUAAUUGUUACAAGUAACUCUUUCAAAUGCUUUUUUUUCCCUCUAAUACCUGAGAAAUCAAACCAACUGCCUGUUUUUGGGAGUUGCUUCCUAUGUCAUAAAGCAUUGAAACCAUGUUCCUGAAUUAAGAAACCGUAACAGUUGUUCAAGUUCAAAGCUUGUUCAUCCUAUAGCUUUCACAUUUACAGACUCAUUCCAUACGCAUAUAACUUAAUGUUGCAAAAGGCAGUUCCAUCAGCUCGUAAUACGUGAGACUCCCUUAAUCUCCUCUCACCCGCACUCCAUCUCAUUGGAAAUCAUUCCUUUUGUUGUUGGUGUGUGUUCUGUUGGUGUGCUUUUAUAUUCCGCUAUUAUAUUUGAGUAGUAGGAGUCAUUUUGGAUUAAAAAAUGCACCCAAAUUAAGAGAUUUUUACACACAGGACAAACUUGUGCACUUUUUUACAUGAGGUAAUUUGGUUUUUCCUUAAAGGGAUUUUUAGGAACACUGCCUA